CACACGUAAAGAGAGAAAAAGUGAAUGCAAAGCAAGUAGAAUUAUUGAAUGGGGUGGAGUCGAUCCAUUCAGUAAGUCCCAAUUAACAACGUCAUCUCGUCGCGAAUAGAAACAAAUUUAUUCCUACUCCAUCUCGACGUACUGAUUGUUCUAUUCGAACAUCGCCAUGGCAGAAGAAAAACAGCUCAGACAGCUCGAUCGUGAAAAUGCUCGAGGUUGGCAGCGGCAUGAUCAAGUAUCACACCAAGAAUAUCAACAGCAAGGCCACUCGGUUCGCCAUUGUCCUCAUCAACAAGAUUGGAACAUUUAUGACACGUACAUUGCAAAAAAUAAUCAAGGUGCCUUGUUGCUCCGUGAAAAACGCUAUCAAGAUGCAGCAUGUUGUUUUUGUCAAGCGGUGAAGUACGUAAACGAACGUUCUGAAUUCCACUAUCCAAACAAUGAACUUCAAAACACCCAAGGACUACGGCAGGACCAACAUCGUGUAGGACUUGACCUGCAUCGACAUACAUCGUCACGACCCACCACGUCGAGUGCGAAUGUCCCCCCUAUUCCCAACAUUUAUUCAUCUGCUGCGAUGCCAAUAAGUACGACAGAGACACCUCGGGUGAUAUUAAGAGCAAAAGUAGACUCUUUCUACUUGUUACUGGAUGACGAAAGCAAGAGCAAAAGUAACAGCUGCAACAACUGUGGUUUGCACACAUGCCAACAUGCUGGCAGUAACUCUUGUGACGACGAAUGUCGACAACAAUGCGGGGACGCCUCGUUUUCUGACGAUGAUAGAACCAACUGUGAAGGAUCCUACGUAUUCCGUAAUCCAAUAGUAGUAGUCGAAUGCGAUCCCAUCAACACCAUCAGAACCUCCGCAUCAAAUAAUGGCGUGGAAAACAGUUUCACUUCAUCAACAACUGCUCUAGUAGCAAGAGCAAGAGCAACCCCUACGUUCGCCAAGGACGCAUGCGUCAAGCUAUCGUUACUGAGCGUAUACAAUUUGGCUUUGACGUACCAUCUUGCCGCUCUUGAUAACAAGAAUCAUCGACGAAUGGAAGCAAACAACAAUGGUCUCGACCUGCAUUAUCGAAAUGAUAACGACUCAAAUGUACAACAGCCUACAAAGAGAGGUUCUCCUGAUGAGGUGGAAACAACGUCUGAUAUGAGCAAAGGCACAUGCAACAGACGCCCGUCAAAGCGGCAGCGUAUGGCGAGUUAUAUGGACGGCAUAAACAACACAAGCGGUAGUGCUACUAACAGAAUGAAAAGUAUGAUUUCAGUGACUCCAUAUGGUGAAUGCGCCAACCCCUACCACAAUGAUGUUGACAACCAGAAUGACGAAAACAUUAGUGAUAGCAAUGACGAUAAAAUCAACCGCACAUUGCUACAGCAAGCUUUGACCUAUUACGAGAUAGCCUACCGCAUGUUGGUGAGCGAAGAGAAUGUAUUGGUCUCACAAGCCAUGGUAAUUCUUAAUAAUAUCGGGCACAUCCAUCGUUUGAUGGGAAGCGAAGAAAAUGCGAAGGAAUAUUUCCAGAGGCUAUUGACCACCAUGAUGUACCUACAGCAGACAAGCGAUUCUCGUCAAAUCAAACACUGGGAUUCCUUCUUCACAAAUGUUGUUGACUUGGUAGUGCCACCGAACUUGUCACAUAAAAAAUAUGCAGCAGCUGCAUAACGUAGUACUAUGAAGCUAUUGUGGAUUUGACGGUUAUGGAAGAGAAAAGUGUGUUGAUUUAUCUGUCUAUAUUUGAUGUGAUCAAUGUACUCAGGCAUGGAGUGUAGCCAGAACAUCAUAUUUAUUUAUUUUUGAUUUGCACUUCUAAAUUCUUGAAGACUUGUCACGUGCCAGCAGUAUGGUUUAUACUCAUAUAAAGUGCUGCCAGUAAUGUGCAUCAAUUGCUUCCACAUUCUACAUGUUAUUCCAAGCAAUGGACCACCUUUUAAGAAAUAAAAUACAAAUUACUAGGAAUCAGGAAUACACCAGUCUUCGUACCUUUGAUGCGUAUUAGCUUAUUACAAAGAGCACCCACAACAUACAAGGUAGAAGUAGAGUACGGUGCAGUAAGGUACCAUUAUACUACGCAUUGCGGAUCAAUUGAAACUACAUUUCACAGGGCAUUCCCAAUCUUAAUUUAACAUUCCAUAUGUUAGAAAAAUGUUCCAAAUGUUUAUUUCACACAUGGAAUGUUAAAUUUAUUGCAUAGGCCUACGUAGGUCCUACUAGUAGUACUAUCCACAUUCUUCAUUCAGUCUUGCACAUGCCUAAAAAAGGAAGAAGGGAUCUAAAAAAGAGGAAGAAGAGGAUGCCUCCCCUGCUAACUUUCACACUGUUAAGCAGAGCAUUCAGGACGUUAAAUUGAAGCAAAAACCACAGUACUCAUUUCUACAUAGCCUAUGCUGCUAACAUUCGGAAUUAACAUCGGGAACGCCCUGUGAAACGUAGUUUCAAUUGAUCCGCAUCGCGUAGGAUUAUUUUUUUCUUCGCGCCGUCAUCCGUCAUGCGUUAACAAAACAAAGGUGCGCCAAGAUUGUGGCAUUUUAAAAUUUUGAUGAAAAUGGUCGAAAAUCGGAAAACCCCAAACCAGUCGAAAAACACUGUGAAAUUACAAAUUACAGUAGUUGGUACCGUACGACUGCCUUUGUAAAGCAGCCAAAUGUAACUUGUGAAUGUUCACUUCUUAAUGAAUAUUUUUCCGAGUGAUAAGAUUUCCAUUCUGUAAUGUAACCGAGCGUUUAUCUUGGUUUAUUUCUUGUUUCGAUUUCUACAGCAUUCGAAACGAUGGUUUGUCUCUUCGAAAAUUUUCGAAACGCGUUAUUAUUCAUUGGAUUCGGAACCGGUUUGAUGGGACCCGACGAUGUCUUUCUUACAUAUGGACGUACAAUUUCGUUAAAAUCAUCCAUUGAAUCAUUUCCAUCACCUGCAUUACUUUCCUCGAGAAUGGUGGUGGCAAUUGAGGACGAGAGAAAACAUCAUCAACACGAAUGAAUCUCUGAUUCUCAACAUCGCCAUGGACAUAUCGGUAGCUACGUCGCCAUUGAAUAGAAGGAAAACCAUGAGCAAGUCCAGGAGACGUCAAAUAGAUCGAUCCAAUGUGCGAAAGAGGAUACUAUGGUAGUGCAACACCUCUCCGUUUGUAGGAAAUAUGAAAGCUGUAGAGAUGUGAUCAAAUGGAAGGAUCACAUCGUCUUUCUCUCCGUCUGGGUGAGUGUUCCUCAUCGGCCACCAACCAAAACCCUUGUGUCAUCGCCAUUGCUCUAAAAUGUGUUGAUUUUGGUCUCCGGAAAAUCAGUUCAUUCCAUUCUUUCAGGUUGUGUGGUCACUAGCCCAGGAAAGAACUACACUCAGAAAAAUUGAAUUUAUAUUCUUUCAAAAAUCUAUAAUGGUAGAUCUUGAAGUUUUUUUUUCGUUCUAGAAAAUCUCAUCCUGAACGUUACGAACAAUAGUAUUCUUAAAAGCAUUUUGGAGUACGGUAGGAGAGUCCAUGAUAAACGUCAGAAAUCACUGUACACAACAAAGCUUGAGUUGGUAAUGUGCUCUGUACCAAUGUCUUACUCUCUCUCUCUCUCUCUCUUGCCUAUGGUCCAUUUCUAAAUAUAUUAUCAUUAUUACA